AUAUGUGUAUUGGUUUAAGGUGGUUGGGAGAAGACCUGGAAAGCAGGAGCAACCCCAUGGGACUUGCUGGACCAACUCCGAUCAGUAAACAUCUCGCUGAGACGGGUUCAUUGCCUAAAGGCAGAGCUCUUGUUCCUGGUUGUAGAACGUAUGUUCUUGGACAAGGACACAGCUUUCUUAAAUAUCUUAUGUUGUGUGCUUGCCAGCAAUGAAACAUUGCAGGUUUAUGAUGUGGUGGCAGUGGCCUGCCCUGAUCGUCAUGUGGUUGGAUUAUCAAAAACUGUGAUUGAAAAAUCAUCAAAGGUGUCAACAGUUCAUCUUUGCCCAAUUUUCUUUUGUGCAUUUGAAGCUAGCGUGAGACCUCCAUGGGCACAAAGAAUAGAAAAGCUUCUGAAACCAAGUGGAGAGCUUAUAACAUUGAUGUUUCCUAUGGAUGAGCGUUCUGGAGGUCCUCCUUACAAAGUAUUUGUGUCUGAUUACGAGAAGGUUCUGAUUCCACUGGGAUUUGAGGCAAUGUCCAUUGUGGACAAGGAACGUGCUAUAACACCACGCAAGGUAUAAUAUACAACAUGAAACUUUCAAAUAAGCCUUGAGAUAAUGAG